GGGCGGAGCAAAGCCGGGGUUGGCUGGAGCGCGUCGCUGUCUCUGCUGGGGGCUGACAGGCCUGGCGGGCGCCCGUCGGGGACCGAGGCAGAAUUCAAGAGGUUUCAAACUCCAGCAUCUGAAACAUUUCCUUUGAUUCUGAAGAUGACACAGUGAUGAGUCUUCUCAUUCCCAGCUGAGUUUUAGCUCUGGAAUGGCCAGCCAGGAAACUGAAGUUCAAAGACUGGUACUAGAUAGUGAUUCAAUGAUAGAAGGAAUAAGUGACCAGGUUCUGCUGGCAGUAGUGCUUAGCAUCACAUUCCUUGUUGCACUGACAUACAUGCUAUUAAGAGAUGGGCAAUCAGAUAUUCAUCCAGAAAACCAAGAGCUCGUGAGGGCAGUUAGACAACAAAUACAAUUGGAACAGGAAAAUAGUGUUGGUGACAGGCAACAUUUCUAUACUGAUUUGUCCUGCCCGGUGUGUUUACAACAGGCUACAUUUCCCAUUGAAACAAAUUGUGGACAUCUUUUCUGUGGUUCCUGCAUUAUUGCAUAUUGGAGGUGUGGAUCAUGGCUAGGUGCAAUACACUGCCCUAUCUGCAGACAAACAGUAACUUUAUUUUUACCACUCUUUGAUGAGGGACAAGAAGAUGCAGCACAAGUGCUUCAUGACAUUAGUGAUUAUAAUAGGAGAUUCUCGGGACAGCCAAGAUCGAUUAUGGAAAGGAUUAUGGAUUUACCUACAUUAUUGCGUCAUGCAUUCAGAGAAAUGUUUUCUGUCGGUGGUCUCUUCUGGAUGUUCCGCAUCAGAAUAUUCCUCUGUCUCCUGGGGGCUUUGUUAUAUCUUGCAUCACCGUUGGACUUUCUACCUGAAGCUUUGUUUGGAAUAUUAGGAUUUUUAGAUGAUUUUUUUGUUGUUUUUCUGCUACUCAUAUAUAUAUCUAUCAUGUACCGAGAAUUUGUGACACAGAGACUGAACAGAUGAAGACAGAUGUCAGUAAUUAACAUUAAGGUGCAUUAAGUGAAUUAACUGUUUUGAGAAAACUAUUUAGACACAAUUUUGGUUAUUAAACAGCCUUCGUUUGAUCAUCUUAUGCAAUCAAAAAACACAACUUUAUUUCAAACAUAAGUCAGCAUAAGAUAACAUGAGAUUAUAAAAGUAGAUUAUGCAAGCAUGAGGAAUUAAUGCCACAGUGAUUAGGGAACUGAAAAUUUGAUGUGCGAUAUUAAAAAAGGUGUAACCCAUGCUUAUAUAUGUUUACAGCGGACAAAUGAGUAAAUGCCAUUUAAGCCACCAGCAAUGAUAAAAGGGAAAUUGUCUUGGAAUAUUUUAUUUGCAUUAGCUGGACAUGUGCUUAAACAUUGUUUAAUGUUUAAUUUCAUAUUAAAUGUAAAGUUUCAAAACUGAUUUUAGGUUGUGGGUAAAGAGAUGAAGGGGAUUUAAUUUUAAACACAAUUGUUUAGAAUAUCUGCCUAUGCAGGAAAUGUUCAAGCAGUGCAGUUAUUAAAUAAGCUUGUGUUGCAUAUUGCACCAUCAGAGUACAUUACAGUGUUGUAACUAUGUACAAUUAUGUGUUGUCUCAAUAUAAUUGCCAUGAAAUUGCACUGUCCACUGUGGAGAGGAUGCUGUCUUCUCCAUAACAAAUGAUUGUAUGUAGUAAGGUUUUGCAUUGCAAUAUUCAACAUGUUUUUUGUAAAAGUAGAAGUUAGUCUAGCCUAACAUGAAGCUAUAUUAUGAUACAGUAUUAAGCAAAACUUUAAGUUUAAAUUGUAACUGGCUUCUUUAAUCAAGUGAAAUACUAAAUGACAUAUUAAAUAAUUGCUGAUAGAGCCACUAGCUGGAAUCUGAAACUGAAUUUUAUAGAAAAUAUACUUGAAAUAAUAACUGGUAAACGGGACCAUAGAUAUAUGGUUAUAUCAUAUAACCAUAGUUUAUAUGAAAAGUAUAUAAUCCUUAAGAGUAAACCUCAUUGAACAUUAUAGGCCUUGCUUCUCAAUAAGCACACAUAAUUUCAGAUAACAAAAUCUUCUGAAGUUACAUUUCAUAAAACAUGCCUUGUUUAAGCCAUGCAACACUUCUUGAAGAAAGAGAAAACAACUAACAAACCUACAAUGCUGGAUAAACUGUAACCUUCCAUAUUGUGUGAACUGUAACUUCCAGCUUUCCUUGCUAUUUGUAGUCCCGGUUUGGACUAAUGGAAUAUAAUAACUAUAAAUUCUCCAGCCUGCUUAUACUAUUUCAUUUCAUAUCCCAACUGGAAAUAUACUAACCUGUGAAGAACAUGCACUAUUUCCUUAGACAUAUGCAGAACAGUGUCUUUGCUAUAAAAAAAAGAAAGAAAGAAAGAAAGAAAGAAAGAGAAUAGGCAUAAAAGUGCUUGGGUUAUAAAGGGUGCUAUAAAACAUUUAAUCUCAAAAAAUAUAGAUAUUGAACACUGAGCUACAUGUAGAAUGUUCUUAACCCCUUAAGCAUCCAUGAAAUAAUUAUUUGGGUCUUGCUUUUUAGCAAAUGCCUGCAGGGAAUGAAAACUUUAUUUUAAGUUAAUAAAUAUAACAUUUUUUUU